AUGCACUUCCAAAAUGUAGUCGGAAUAGUUUUUUUUAUUUUCUUAAUUGUUUCGCUGUCUUACCGGUUUCAAUUUUUUCAAGAAAAUUCAGGAAACCAGGCACGACUUAGACAGGGUAGGGAGACUCAGACCGCAUCGGCUCGACGCGAGCGAGCGAUACAGCUAGCAUCGACACGGGGACGGGGUCGAGUACCCGUCCAAACAGAUGAGGCGCCUGCAGCUUCCUCAUUUGGAUCGAGGAGUCUGCUGGCUCGGGCAUCUUCCUCUCUUGUGGUGGUAUGUGAGGAGGAGGAGGAUGUGAGACAUGAUGAGGAGGAGAUACCCGAUGUUGACCCUCUGCACGGGGAAAAUGAUGCGAAGGAGGGCUACCCGGGAGGGCCUAUAGACACUACUGUGUUGAUUUACUAUCAUGACCACGUCGCUCGACGUGUUUUGGAGGGAGAAGAACGACCGACCAUAAAAUUUGUGAACCAUGCGCGGAAAAUAUUUUCUCUGUUUAAACCACAGGCUCAGUGGUUUAAUGAUGUUGUAGCUGGGAGCGGGCUUAGCGAGUUAUGCAUGACCGGAUAUAGUACCAUCAACCACGACAUGCAGGGCGCUUUUGUCGAGCGGUGGCACAAGGAGAUGUCUUCUUUCCACCUUCCUGUUGGGGAGUUGACGAUCACCUUACACGACGUGGCCUGUCUGCUCCACCUGCCGAUCAGAGGGAGGUUACUGGACUAUUCCCGGAUACAGAGGGUUGAGGUGAUAGAGUGGAUGGUGGAUUAUCUGGGUAUGGACCCAAACAUGGCUGAUUAUGAGUGCAGAGCGACGAGUGGGGCACAUAUCAGGUUCUCUAGCUUGAAAGAGUUGUAUGAGAACCACUUGGUGGCGGCAGCGGAGUCUGAGCAGGAGGGUGAUGGGCUUUUUACCGAGUAUCACCGUGCUUGCGCUCUGCGGGCACAUCGCAUUUUGAGAAGCACAGUUGCUACUGCAUGUUAA